GGAAAUAACAGAAUUGUCCAAAAUGCCCAUAGAAGAUCCAAGGAAUUUUCUAUUUGCCCAUACGCGUAAUAUCCCACCAUGACAUCACUCCUUCCCUAUAAAACCCAUCCAUCUGCAACCUUUCUUCUUGGUUUAAGACACCAAAAACAAACACUCAAUUAUAAAAAGCUUCCCUCUUCUCUCCCAAAUCUUCAAAAAUUCAAAAAAAACUAACAAUGGUAGCCGUUGAUUAUACCGAGAAGAACAGUGGAAGCAGUCUCAAGUUUCUAUGCAGUUACGGUGGCAGAAUCCUCCCUCGCUCCACCGACGGCAAGCUCCGUUACGUCGGAGGUCACACCAGAGUCCUCUCCGUUGAUCGUUCUAUCUCUUUCUCAGAGCUGAUGAAGAAACUCUAUGAAUUCUGUGGAUACUCCGUUGAUUUACGAUGUCAAUUACCAAACGGAGAUCUCGAGACUCUAAUCUCCGUCAAAUCAGAAGAAGAACUAGCGGAGAUCGUUGAAGAGUACGAUCGCAUCUGCGGAGCCAAGAUCCGUGCCGUUCUAUCACCUCCGAGAUCUUCGCAUAAGACCGAAUCUUCGCCGUCUUCAAGCGGUGAUCGAUCUCCAAAAUCGCCGUUCUCCGUCACGCCUUCACCGCCAAAUUCUCCGUCGCCGGCGUAUGGAAGAUAUCUACAAUCUCGGUAUUGUUUACCUUCCACGGAUCUUCCUCCGAGAAGAUACAUUCAGAGAGCGGAAGAAUCGCAUUGCUGCUAUGCGUGUCGUGUACACAAAGACUCUAGGCUCGUUUGGCAUUGACGGAGAUUGGGGAAAUAAUCGAAUAUACGCCAUAGAUACGAAUACCAUGAUAAUGACGAAGAAGACGCAAUUAAAGGAUUUAAUUUAGGGUUUUUAGAAAUUUUUACGAUGUGUUGAUUUUUUGUGAAGAGAAGAAUUAAAAUUUUCCUAUACAAUUACCGGUCGGAGACGUAACCGACGGAGAAAUUAAUUUAGACGGAGUAUAUACCGGGACGUUAGUGGCCGUUACUAACCGUUAGAGUCGCCGUUACGACGUGUUUACACGUACGACGUUUGUUUUUUUGUUAAACGUGAUACGUGGCGAAUAGUGAGAUCAUCUCGUGUAAAUAUCGGAGAUGUGAACACGUGUGUUGUCCGUGGAUUAGUUACGUCACACGUGUCAACCUUUCGUCUUCUGGAGUUUGUUUUUCUUAACGAGGUUCUUUUUUAUUUUACUUGUUUGAUAAGUAAUUUUUUAAUUGUUUUCUCAACUUUAUAAUAUUCGAUUUUUUUUGUCUGUCUCAUCAGGAUUAGAGAAGGACAUGAGAUUACUCACAGUCUCACACGGAGUUCCUUUGUUUAUUCGAUUCAAAAUUUUGCCCGACUUGAGAAAAGGACCAUCAAAUAUAUUAAUUAAUCAGAAAACUAUUGGAAAAAGAAAUGUUAGUCGGCGUAUUUUAGUUGACUUCCUAAAUAUUCGCAACUUGUGAAUGGGACAGAUGGAGGAGUGGAGAACUAAAGAAUGAAUAAGUUGGUGAGCAAAUUGUCCCAUCUUAACUUGAAAACUUGGAACUCCACAAAAAAUAUUUGAAGUUGUUCAUUGAUUAUUUCGAAUCAAAUUUUGAAGUAACAGUACCACAUAUUUCUUGUUUUUCAGCAUUAUUUGUUGAAAUAUCAACCAAC